AAAUGACUUCACAGCUGUGACUGCCCCCUUUUCCCUCUGCCUCUCUCGCCGUCUCUCUCCCUGUCUUUCUCUCUCUUGCUCUCUUUCUCACUCUCACUCUCUCAAUCAGAACUUUUUUUCAUUCUUUUUAAAUGAUUUUUAGAGAGGGGGAAGAGGCAUUUGGAGCCUGGCUGGGUGCAGGAGCAUGACACACACAGGAGCCUGAACGUAGAGAAGAGAGAGAGAGAGAGAGGAUAUGCUAUAGCCUUCUCUUGGUGGGACAGACGGACGGACAGACAGACAGACAGACAGACAGACAGAGAGACAGACAGACAGACAGACAGACAUACAGACAGACAGACGCCUCACUGGACCUGCUCAGCCAAACGCCUCUCCACUCAGACACCCUCACUCUCAGACAGACCAGACCAGGACUCACUCCAACAGAGAAGAGGACAGACAGACAAACUCACUCCAACAGAGAAGAGGACAGACAGACAAACUCACUCCAACAGAAGAGAGAGAGGCUGACAGACGGAGCAACAGGACAAGUAUUCCGUCAUCAUUCCUGCUGCUUUUCUCUUUUUGGAAGUGCUUUUGGAGAAAUUCUUGUUUUCUGGCAUCCCUACUGGAGACAAAUGGGAACAUAGGAGAACAUCACAAUCAUCAAAGAUUUGUCCUCAUCCCUAUCGUUUUAAAAUAACUCUCCUCUGCUGACACGGUCUACAGGACAGUACAGGACAGUAUGUCUACUAUAUGGAAUCCAGGAGCGUAUUGGGCCUCUCUCUUGCUUCUGUGGAGCCUCCUGGUUAGUAGGACUUCAUCUUGGCCGGCUCGUGAAUAUCUCCAACAGCUCCACCAGCUCGGCUCACUCCACUCCGGACCCCCAGCCUCCCCGGCCCUCCUCAACCUCACCCUCUCUGAGAGUGCCGAGUCCAAGGUGGAGCGCCUGGGCCAAGCCUUCAAGAAGAAUGUGCGCACUCUCCGGGAGAAGAGUGCACGUCUGGACCUGGUGUUCCUGGUGGACGAGUCAUCCAGCGUGGGGGCCAACAACUUCCUGAGCGAGCUGCGCUUCGUUCGGAAGCUCCUCUCGGACUUCCCCGUGGCCCCUGAGGACACGAGGGUCGCCCUGGUUACGUUCUCAUCCAAGACCCACGUGGUGACCCGGAUAGAUCAUGUCACAGCGCCCAAGUCGCAUCAGCACAAGUGUUCUCUAUUUAACCAGGAUAUUCCGUACAGAGGAGGAGGUACCUAUACUAAAGGAGCCUUCCAACGGGCAGCGCAAAUCCUGCGUCACUCGCGGGCCAACGCCACCAAGGUGAUCUUCCUGAUAACAGACGGUUACUCCAACGGGGGCGACCCUCGCCCGGUGGCGGCCGCUCUGAGGGAGCAGGGGGUGGAGAUCUACACCUUGGGGAUCUGGCAGGGGAACAUCCGUGAGCUCAAUGACAUGGCGUCGCAUCCCAAGGACCAGCACUGCUACCUGGUACACAACUUCGCCGAGUUUGAGGCCCUGGCUCGCCGUGCGCUGCAUGAAGACCUGCCGACAGGAAGUUACAUCCAGGAGGACCUAUCCCGCUGCUCGUCUCUGUGCGAGGCAGGUUCCGACUGCUGUGACAUCAUGGCCAGCUGCAAGUGUGGCACCCACACGGGCCAGUACGACUGUAUCUGUGAGAAGGGCCACUACGGCAAGGGGCUGCAGCAAGAGUGCACAGGUAGGUCACAGAUGUAGGGGAAUGUGCCCAGUAUGGACCAUAGACAUAGAGCAGUUUUAUAUCUAUGGUAAGGACAGCCAUGUCGACUCUAUUCUUGUUGCCUCGUGAAUAAAAAUGUAAGCAUAAAAUUACUUAAAAAAUAACUUGGACCCUCUACAAUGCGUCUAAUGGUUUCAUCUUGGUGUAUGCACCAGUUCUGUGCACAGUGGUUUCAAGAACUGUUGUCAAUAAGGACAUCGCUGUGGUCUUUGGAGAGUGACUGAAUGUGGUGAUGGAUGGUGAAGAUAAUGGUGUGAUUUCAGAGGGUUUCAGCCUGGGCUAUCUGACUAUUUCACCUCUGAAAACAGACCACUUAGCCCCAUGAUGCCUGUCAAUCAAAUUCAAUCAAAUGUAUUCUAUACAGUGCCCUGUAAGCUCACAGUGAAAGGACAAAUAACCAAGUGUCAUUGAUUCACUAAGGAGGCUGUGUAGCCAGUCAGUGCUGAGAUCCUGAUCAACAAAUACAGGAUUUCCCCAAGGUGUAGGAGCUGACCUUGGAGCCGUGUGUGUG